AUGGGUGACCUGGGAGGAGGGGACUGGCGGGAGGCGGUGGCCGACAAGGGGCAGGCGGAAGCCGCCGCCGGGCCCGACCACCUGAUGGUCAUGGUCCACGGGAUCGUCGGGAGCACAGCAGAUUGGAAGUUUGGAGCUGAGCAGUUUGAUAAGCAGCUCUCAGACAAAGUUAUAGUUCAUCGUAGCAACCGCAACAUGCACAAGCUAACUUUAGAUGGUGUUGAUGUGACGGGUGAACGAUUGGCACAAGAGGUUAUAGAAGAAAUCAACAGAAGGCCGUAUAUCAAAAAGAUAUCUUUUGUUGCACACUCUGUUGGAGGAUUGGUUGCUAGAUACGCUAUUGGAAGACUUUAUAAACCACCUAAACGAACAUCCGAAAAUACUCUGCAAACUCUGGAUGACAACAAUAGAGGUACCAUACAUGGACUCGAGGCAGUGAACUUUAUAACAGUUGCGUCACCACAUCUUGGUUCCAGAGGAAAUAAGCAGGUUCCUUUCCUUUUUGGAGUUACUGCAAUUGAAAAUUUUGCUUGCCACAUCAUUCAUUUGAUAUUUGGAAGAACUGGAAAACACCUCUUUCUUACUGACAAUGAUGAUGGAAAGCCUCCAUUGCUGCAACGGAUGGUGGACAAUUGGGGGGACCUGCAGUUCAUGUCUGCUUUGCAAGCAUUUAAACGACGUGUUGCAUACUCCAAUGUUGGUCAUGAUCAUAUUGUUGGGUGGAGAACAUCAUCGAUCAGAAAAGAUUCUGAACUACCCAAGUGGGUUGAUUCAACCAACAAGAUUUACCCGCAUAUUGUAUAUGAGGAACUAUCCAAAGCAGAAGUUCCUAAUCAAUGUACUGACACAGACAACUGCACACUAGAAGAACGCCUUUUACAAGGACUUAAGCGUGUGUCAUGGGAAAAGGUGGAUGUUAGCUUCCACAACAGUAAAGUAAGAUCUGCAGCACAUAGUGUGAUUCAGGUAAAAGAUCCUGUGAUGCAUAGCGAAGGUGCCGAUGUCAUACAGCAUAUGAUCGACCAAUUCAUUCUAUAG